GAAACGUCUUCGUAAUAGCUGCAAUAAUAAUUGAGAGAAACCUUCAGAAUGUCGCCAACUACCUGGUGGCAUCGCUGGCGGUAGCCGACCUCAUGGUGGCAUGCCUCGUCAUGCCGCUGGGGGCUGUCUACGAGGUCAGUCAAGGUUGGAUAUUGGGACCUGAGCUAUGUGAUAUGUGGACUUCCAGCGAUGUACUUUGCAGCUCUGCAUCAAUUCUCCAUCUCGUUGCUAUAGCAACGGACAG